CAGGACUUGUUAUAUAGCACACCAAGCUGUGUGUGUCCACUGUUGAGGACUUCCUUGCUAUUAUCCAGCUGUGGGCUGUUGGUCUCCAACUGCAGAAGUUGACCUGGUUUUGCAGAGAACUCCAAGACAAGUCCUAUUCACAAACACCCAUCAUGACAAUGGACUUCAUUGGAACUGGAACCCUUGUUCUGGUUCUCUGCAUCACCUGCCUCAUAUUCCUCUUCAUGUAUAUUGAGAACAAUAAGUGGAAGGACAUCCCGCCUGGACCUACUCCGCUUCCUCUCCUGGGAAACAUGUUACAGCUGAGCAUGAAAGAGUUGCCUAAGUCAUUUGUAAAGCUUGCCAAAAUCCAUGGAAAUGUAUUUACUGUUCAUCUUGGACCAAGGACCGCGGUGAUCUUACAUGGAUAUGAUACAGUAAAGGAGGCCUUGGUGGAAAAUGCCAAUGUGUUUAGCCAAAGGGAAAUGCUUCCUGUAGCAGACUUGGUUUUUAAUGGCUACGGAGUUAUUUUUAGUAAUGGGGAGCGCUGGAAACAGAUGCGUCGCUUCUCUCUCACUACCCUGCGAAAUUUCGGAAUGGGGAAGAGGAGUGUUGAAGAACGGAUUCAGGAGGAGUGUCAGUAUCUUAGAGAUGAGUUUAAGAAAACAUCAGGUUGGUUUAAAAAUAAAUACGAAAACUCUAGAAAGGUGCUUAGAGUAAAAUAUUGUCAUGUAUUAUAA